AUGGUGUCAUCUGUGAAAAUUGUCCGCAGAACAUACCGCUACCUGCACCCAGACGGUUCGACAUCGUGCCAGACCGUGCUUCAGUGUCCUCACCAGGGAUGCGGCAUAGAACUCGAAGACUUCCAAGGACUCGUUUCCCACGCUCUGGAGCAGCACGACCUGAAGCUGCUGAGUUCAAAAAGCUGGACUGGCGAAAUCCCACAGACUAUCAAUAAUCUGCCGAGUACGAGCCAGAAGGUGACUCGAUUGCGCCUCCCGGAAGGUGAGAUACGAUUAGUCUGCCCUGACUGCCAGCGCCACUUCCUCGACGAGGCUUCCCUCCUGGAGCAUAUCGCAGCAAUUCAUGGACGUGCUCUUUCUGUCCCGGGAAGCAGGUUUGGCGGACAAUCUGACCAGCUUGAUCUGCUUCACUCGUGCUCUGAAGAGAAGCACCCAAGAUGUGACGAAAUCCUGGAGCACCUUCAGCUGGUAUCACUAGGAUCCUUUUGUGGCAUGAAGCUGUCGAUGCAGCGGCUUUGUCUGGGAACUGCACACCUUCCUUUCGACUGGAUUCGGAGCACACAAGCAGGAGUCGAGCGUUUUCUCAAGACUGGCUUCAGCGAGUUCUUCUGCGUGGCCAGGAAGCUGGAAAUCAAGUCUGCUGCGUUGACGGUGCAUCGCGGAGAACAUCAUUCCUUUUGGCACGAUGACGUCGGCCAAGCUGUGGUGAGAGACAAGCUACGCCGGCGCAUUCUCCGAUUCCUGGACUUGGCAAACGGCUUUCGCACUCAGUCGCGGGACGUCCUGUUCCUACGCAGCUGUGCUUGUUCCUCCGAGCUCCAUCAUGCCGAGGAUCUCUACGCUGCCCUAGCCCAGUGUUUCACAUCUGGACACGAGAACAGUCCGCGGGUGCUGCUGGCGAUUAUCGUGGAUGGCCAGGUGCAGCGCCAGGGUCCUAUUCGUCAUGCUUCACUGCCAGGCCUUGUUUUCUUCACACAGGAGCAGCUGAGUGAAGAGGAUGGAGCAGAUAGUCAGGCAUACUGUUGGGCAAUUGGCGCGGCCUGUGACGCAGCGCUCUGGGACUGUGCGCAAGGAUUUGCCGUUCAGCCUGGUCAGCGAGUGGUGAAGAGCGGCACGGAGCUAGCUGAUGGUGGAUACUGUGGAGGCGAAUGGUAUCCGCCUCUGCAGUUCUGCGAGGCAGGCCUGCAUUCAGGUUAUGGUGUAAGCUGCUUUGAAGCUCCCGGAGCAGCACACCUGGACCUGGAUGCUGAUCGGGGCCGUGACAUGGACACUCGAGCGUCCGAACACAAGAACAUGCUGUUGACAGCAACAUCCUCUGUGCAGUCCGAAUGCUGCAAGGGAACAAGGCCGCCCAGAACGCGGAACCUCAACUCGGAAGAGCAGCGGAAGCCCCCGAAACAGGCCCAAGGUCCGGAAGAUCCAAAAAUACUUAAUUGGAACCUCGAACCCACCGCUCGGCGCAACAGAAACCGAUAUUCCCCAAAAUGA